GCGUGGUUGUAAUGCAGCAAAACAGCUCCAAUAUUUCGCACCAACAUGGAGCGUAAAUGUCAAACUUGGGACAUCUUGUGGCGAUCUUUUCUUACUUUUACUCUUUUCGCAAUCACAAAUUGCAUUGCAUUUCGUCUAGACGACAGUCAAAGUGCAGUGAAACUAAUUCCGCUGACAAGAGUGAACCACAAUGGCGGUUUCCGAUUCCAUCGAGGGAACAACUUUCAAUUUGAAAGAGAAAUCAAAGAGUUGAAUGAGUUAAGAUACAGAUUUCGGCGAAGUACCGGGGGUUCUGUCCGUGUUCACAAUAACACGAGGAUAACAGAGGAGUUUGAACUCGACGGAGACAAUCAUACUGUGGCUUUCUUACACUGGUCGGGAAAAGACAGUUCGGUUAUUUACAUAUACACCUGUGGAAAAGUGAAUCAAACUGAAAGUGGAAAUUUUAUCUGUGAGGAUGGUUUUUUUUGGAGAUCCACAGACUAUGGAACCACUUUCAAACAUGAAGAUUAUAAAUUUAAAAAUCAACCCACCAAUAACAUUGAUUUUUGCUCAAGCAAUUACACAAUGGUUAUGGUCAGUGUCUCAGUACCUAAAAAAAGUUAUCUGUACAUCUCAUAUGAUGAAGGAAAAACAUUUACAUCUCAGCCCUUGUCUUUUACACCUCAUGUGGUUUCAUGUAGUCCUGUAUCAUAUAAAGUUUUGGUUGCUCAAGAUCAGGACACCAAAAAGAUUUAUUACAUGAAUGAUGGUGAACGAUGGAUACAUCUAGCAGAUUAUGUCUUGAGACAUUAUUGGUGAGAAUAUCAUAAUUUAGAGGGGUGGAAGUCAGAGUUACUCCUUGAGGUUCAGAACCAACAGAAGUAUCAUACAUCAUUUUUAAAGCAUGCUUUCUUGCCUUGUGAUAAAGAUUGUUUGAAGGAUUUUGAUAAAUUUCUGGGACCAUUCUCAUCUCAUUCCUUAAAGGUGGAGGGGAAAUAUGUGUUUGUUGAGAAAUAUACCUACAACACAGACUUGUAUGUUUUCUACAAAAGCAACUCCAGCAAAAAUUUUUUCCAAAAGGCACAGUUCCCUCCUGAUGUUGAGAAAAAGUCGUACACUAUUGUCGAUGCUAAGGAAGGAGAAGUGAUGGUUGUUGUAAGACAUGAAAAAGAACACGAUGGCCGGGAUUAUUACAACUUGUAUGUAUCAGAUCUCACUGGAGUGAAGUAUUCUCUGUCUUUGGAAAAUAUCCUCAGUGACAGGACUCCAAUUUGGGGAAAGAAUACAACACUAGUGGAUCUUCACAGGGUUAAAAGUCUCAAUGGAACGUACAUCGCGAAUGUGUUCUUCCCAGAUGGUGAUGGAGGAAGUGAUGCAAAAUUUAGAUCUGUGAUUACAUUUAACAAGGGAGGUGAAUGGUUUCCACUGAAAGCCCCAUUAGUUGACCAUAGAGGAAACCCUACAAACUGCCACCCGCCCAAAUGUUCUCUUCACGUUCAUAUGGUGCUGGGCCGAUGGUAUUUGUACAUCCCUCCUGUCCUGUCAUCUUCCUCAGCCGUGGGAAUCAUUGUGGCUCAAGGUAACUUAGGCAGUGGUUUAGGUGAAGGACCGGUUGGCCUUUUUCUAUCAAGGGACGGAGGAUUAUCAUGGACCAAGGAAUUUAACGGCUACCAUGAUUUUGUAAUCGGCGAUCAUGGUGGUAUUUUGGCAGCAGUCCCGCUCGUACGGAACGCUGACACAGUGUGGUAUAGUUGCACUGAAGGACAGGCUUGGAAAAAUGUUUCUCUAGGAAAGGAACCAGUGACUGUUUUUGGCAUGGUCACUGAGCCGGGAGGAACAACUCUUAUCAUCAAUGUAUUUGGUCAGCAUACAGGCCGCACAUUUAAAUGGCUCUCGGUAAAACUGAACUUCACGUCAGUUCUCAACCAGAAGUGCCUAGCAGAUAACUAUACAACUUGGUCCCCCAACGAUGAGCGUAUUGACGGGGAAUGUUUACUGGGUCAACACUUCGUAUAUGAACGUCGCAAAAGCGGAGAUUGCUGCUUCAACGGAAAGGAAUACGAGAGAGAAAUCAAUAUUACAACUUGCGCCUGUGAAGAAGACGAUUUUGAAUGUGACUUUGGCUACGAACACUCAGAGCUCUCUAAAGUGUGUGAACCCACGGCCGACGCAGCUCCAGUGCCAGCUCAUUGCCCAGAGGGAAAAACGUAUCCGCACAGUCGUGGUUACAGGAAAGUUGUCGGAGAUCGCUGCAAGGGCGGGCGCGAAGAUAAGUUAAUGCCAGAGAUAAGGAAUUGUCCAAUUAAAGCACCUUCAGAUCUCAGAAUCACGUUUGGAAAAUUAUACGUGGAAACACACACAAAAGUGACCUUCUCUCUUGCUCAGGGACAGGGCUCCACAGAAUCCACGUGGUAUGAAUGGAACUUUGGAGAUGGCAGUAAACGUAAGAACAUCACUGGACUUAGCAAUGCUGAAAACAUCUCCCACACUUUCCUUCAUCAUGGCACCUACAAUGUAAGCGUGGCUGCUGGAAACACUGCUGGCCAAGAUAACGGAACCACAGAAGUUAUAGUCCUAGAUCUUAUUAAAGAAGUCGAUAUCGAACCGCCUCACGCAGUGGUAGUUGGCGUUGAGGCGUGGUUCAACGCCACUCUUCACUCCACUGCCUGGGCUCAACAGCAAACAUCAAGUCCAAAUUUUGGCUUAACACAUUACAUGUGGACAUUUGACCACAACGACAAAAACACGCUUCCUUUAUUGACUUGGGAGAGCGAGGUGCACUACGUAUACAACAAAGCAGGCAUCUAUAAAGUGUCUGUCCAAGCCAGUAAUGGGAUUGGACAGACAAUUGGCAGUACAACAGUAACUGUGUAUGAUAAUCUUCUCACUGUGCGUCUCUUAUUCGACGCGGUGUUGGAUGAAAACAAUGACAAAACAUGGCAAUGGAGAGAGUUUUUCGCCAAGCGUCUAGAAACCGCUCUUUCUAAGAUGCUGGAUGUCGACCCUAAACGCCUUGAAGUCUUUGUGUUACGCGGGCUGCCGACGAGAAGUGAUGUGUCUAUAGUACCUGCUCAAACCAACACUAGCAAAUCAGCAGAUGAGAUUGUGGAUUUACUGAAGUUUAAGGUGGAGAUGGGUUCGGUCAAGAUCCAGCUGCCUAAGGAUUUGACUGUCAGAGUCACACACGUCGAGGUGCUACCAAAUAGAGACUAUGGUGGCGGUGGUUUGUAUCCAACACAGUCUUCCGAUUCCGGCUCAGGAACGCAGUUGGCCAUUGGUGUUGGCGUCGCUGCCUCGCUCGUGGUUGUGUUUCUCGUUGGGACUCUGGUGUAUUUCCUCAGACGCUACAACCUUUUACGAAGCCGCUACACUCACCUCCGCUUAUACAGUGACGGUGCACAACUGAGGGACCCCCUGGUAGAAAGCGAUGACGGUGAGAAUGAAGAGUCUUUGCAUCCGCAGCCAGGGGGGUCGUUGCGUUAUGUACCCUUACCCACCAGUGCAGCACCAGACGCCGACAGUGAUGAAGAACUAAUAGACAACUUCGGGACAGGAUCUUUAGCUCUUUUGCCUCACAGUCAAAAUGAUCCAGGCCAUGGAGGAAAUACUAACAACUGAUUAAUAAUGAUAAGAAAUAAUCCAAUUAGUAAUAGAGACACGUGCAGUGGUACUUGUUGUUCCAGGAAAUAAGCCACAAAACUACUCAGUAGAUUGUAGACUUAAAGUAACCGGUCAACCCAUAGAAUAGUCAUUUAAAGGGGUCUUGGAUGGGAUGAGGUGGGGGGAGGGGGGGGGCUCAGAUACCAUGUUUACACUCCUCCCCCUCCCAUCCAAAGAUUUUUAUAUCAUUUAGUUUGGUGUUAGGACUAAUUGUCAAGUAUUGGCACUAAAACAUUCUACUCCCACUUCACACCUCCAAGGCCAUCUUCCUUUUUAAUUUUCCGUCCCCGUUUACUCAGUGAACGAGAAUUUGCUAACAGAAUAAGUAACGUUAUGCAGUUCCGUUGUAUUUAAUCUUCCGAGAAGGACAGUCUUUUAUGACUGUUCAUACUGAUAUCUUAAGAGAGAGACAGUAAUAAGGUUAGCAAUUAAAUAACUCUUUGAGAAAAUUGUUCCUUUGAGACGAAUGGUGACCUCUACCUCCUACAUGUUCAUUGUUGUUUUAAGCAUGCGCAUUACUAGACUCUCAGGUAAGCAGCGGUUUAGAGGUUACAUGUGAUGAAUCUUUUUAAUUGACAAUCGAAAUUGUUCUUGGUUCGUUUCGCUCUACGACAUUGUUCUGUGACUGGUCAGAAGAAAAAAGAUUCAACCAUCUUCUCAAUCAAUCGAAUAUUUGACCACUUGAUACGUUGUCUUCACCUGAAGGCUUUGAAUUUCAAAUGUUGAAAUCUAAUUUCAGUUCACUUCCGAUAAUCAGAUUUGCCGCUUUCAUUACUUUGCUAUUGUUUUUUUUGUGUUUAUGAUACAAUCAUUCGAAAAGCGCUUGAACCUCUCAUAUGAAAAAGAAAAACUGCUGUCGGGUGCUGCUUAUUUUCCUUGAUUGUGGACGGAGGCCCGAUUGUUUUGGUCAUGUGCAAGGGCACAUUUUAAAUUUUCUUACACCAGCGCCUAAAAGGAAAGUUCGCCUCUCAGGGUACUUUUUUUUCUCGUACUUGUGAUAGAUAUUUCACGUAAAAAUCAUUAGUUAAAUCAAUUUUUGUAAGUGAAGGCUGUUGUUAUACAUGCAGUAACCUGAAGCGUCCGUCUGACUAACAUCAAAAUGCACUGUAGCUUGUAAAUAAUUUUGUGAACAUGACCUGGAAUUCUUUUUUUUGUGCAUUUGAUUUGAAAAUAAAUUAGUGUGCUCGCUA